GUCGGUAGGCUCGAUAUACAGAGGGGGGCGGUUGCGCACUGGCGACUACUGGCGCACAUUCCCAUCUGUUUUGUGCACUUUUGUCCCACGCGCGGCUCUGGAAUGCGCGAACUGCUUCUGUCGCCAGAGGCAUCUGAAAUGACAGUCUCGAGCGCCACACAAACAACUGUCGGUGAGAGAGGCUGCAGAGCCCGAGGACACCGCUAGAACACGCAGGCGGAAAGCAGGUGGAGUUCCAGGACCGUGUGUGUGGCUUCCUAUUCUGUGUCAGAUUGGGAUUUUUCCCCCUUUUCACCAGCAGCACAUCGGGGAUUAAAUACAAGGGACAAUGGAAGCCUCUGAGAAGACCCUAAUCUACCAGGAAGACGCUGAUCCCGUUAGGAAGCUGAUGACCAACACCUAUUUAAACACGACCACGGGGCCAGAAGAAGGCGAAUAUGUGGAUUUAAACAAUUUGUUGGAUGUUAAGGUGGGCGACAUGAAAACAGUCAAAGUAACUUUUACAGGCGAAGGGGGACAGUUGGCCAUAUAUAAAAGCAGCUCCGUUUCAAACGGUUCGCCUUCGAUGAACAACGCGUCCGGGGAGGUCGAAGACUCCGGUAAAUCAGCCGACCCUGCCACCAUUGGCAGUAAAUCUAUUAAUCACCAAAGCUCGGGGGACGUCAGAGCGGAGAGUGCCGCGUCAGGCUCGUUUGAAACAGCCUCCUCCGAAGCUCCUGACGCCACUGACAACUUCAUGGACUGCCCGGAAUCACCCACCACCAUGCCGGACCCCUCUGCCGUGCCUCGGUCCCAGACCGCGCCGCCCAAUAUCGACACAGAAACCACAUGCAUGGACAAAGAAUUACAAUACACCGACAUGAAUCUAGGCAACAAAAGCGACUCGGAGGACGACGUUACUGUAGUGAUGUCUGGCGACUGUACACCCAAUAUCGCCGAGGACGAGUUUCAUUACAUUACGACACAUGAAAUCCAGCUUUCCGAGUUAGACCAUGAUGUUGACUAUGAGUUUGAGUCGGGAUCCAGCUGGGAGAUUGAGGACGACCACCAAGUUUACUCGUUUGUGGAUUAUGCCUCUUUUGACAGUGAUGAAACGGCGGGGGAGGACGGAGCUUUAGCUCGACUGAAAGGCAAUCAGGCAGCGGGUGCAAAUAGGAGCCUAGCAGCCGUCAGCAGUCUGCCUGAAAGCGAUCCGCGCGAGACGGACAAAUGCGCCAUCUCAGAUGAGAGUCUGUCAAAGCACCAAAACGGCGCUGGGAACGCCGCAGGGCAGAUCCACCUGUCAAUCAAAGCCACUUCCCGCGCUAUAAAUGAGCCUAGCAACGGCCAAGAAAAGGAAAACAUUCUUUAUCAUGCCGCGCAUACUGGAGACAUGAGUUUUUUCAGGAGCGCGGAUACUAACUCGGAUAAACUGGCUGAAAGCGCGAAAUGUUACAUAGCCCUCCCCAGCCGCCUGCACUUUGGUAGAAAAUUGAAAGGCAAAGAUGCUCACGACUACUCCAGUGGCGCGUCCAGCGCGGUCAGUGAGCUGGACGACGCAGAUAAGGAAGUGCGUAACUUGACUGCCCGCGCGUUUAAGAGCCUGGCUUACCCCUAUUUUGAUACAAUAAAUUUCAGCACCUCCAGUGAGUCCUCGCUCUCCGAGGGCAUUAACAGGUGGUCCACGUUUGUUGACCUUAAGUAUGGCAACGUGAACAUGACAAAGGGACGUCAUUCAAACCUGAUGUCCCAUAAAAGCACAUCAAACUUUAAACUGGGCCAGCAUCAAGACAGUAAGGGCAUUGCCGGGAUGACACUCGCCAGUAUGAGAGCGCCCCCGGUCGAGGUUUUUGCGCUGAAUGGCAAUCUCGUUGACCCCAAAAACGCAGCAUCUGCUAGGAAAAAAAUCGAACUGAUGCAGAAACUCGGCCAGGGCAAAGGCGGCGUGAUUACGCUCACGGAAACACUGAAUUUUCACUGCAACGUUCAGUCGGAGAUGUCGGGAAGUGAAAGGCGCGCGAAAUUUGCGCAAAAUGCAGCCGGAUCACGUUCCACAGAUGAAGUUACCAACACCUUGCCAAGCGGCCAGGGGAGAGCGGCCAGCCAGCAAGCCUGCAAUGCGGGGGAAACCAUGGAAGGCACACACAAGAAAGCAAUAUUCGCAUCGAGCCUUCUCAAAAAUGUCAUUUCUAAGAAAAUGCAAUUUGAGCAGGAGCGCAAGAUGGAGAGGGGGGAGAUCCGCGAGCAGUUCCGAGGCUCGUCUCCCUGUGUUUCGUGUUAUGAGAACGAAAACCCGAAAACGGAAAAAACUUCCCGGGGCUUGCAGAGACAAGGCUCGAGACACUCUGAAGGAGAUUCGGACUAUACCAUCGUUUGUUUAGAUGACCUGGGCGACAUAGUGGACAGUAGUUCGUGCGAUGCCAAGGACGACAACCGCAGAGAUGCCACCUUAACUCUUGCAUCAGAAACGAAUUUAGAAUCGACAAAUGAAGCAGGAAUCGAUACUAAAAAAGGAGCAUUCGAAGCGUCCAAAAGCACGCUGCUUCGAAGCCAAAAUAGCGCAUUCAGAUCCUGGAGGGACGGCGAGCUAGAGUUUCAAAAGGAACAUAAAAACGAUAAAACGCCGGAGGGGAAGCUGCUACCGCCUCACGACAACUUGGGAGAAACGGACUUAGACGGGGAUUCGGGCAAGAGCAAGCUCACUAAAAUGUCGCAUUUGUUUCUGCCAAGUAUCCAAGUGGUGUCGAAUGAGGGUGAACUUUGUAAAGGUCUCCCGAAUGUGAAUUAUUCACUGGGAGAGGGCGGAGGGCUGGGACGUCGCCCUUCCGACAAUACCCUCUUUGUCCCAGACAACGCACGGAGUGUGGUAACGUCGAAGUCACCCGAAAUCAAGAUAAGUUUACGGAGCGUCAAAGACAGCAAAAGCGACCCGUUCAACAUCGCCAAGCUGCUAACGCCCAAUAUAGGCUGCAACGCAGUCAACCUUAUCAAGACAUCUGACGACUCCAAAUGCCAAGCGCUUGCCGCGGUGCUAAAGGGGGAGCCGUCCGACAAAGUGCCUCACUUCACGGUCAGAGACAUUAGAGACAACAAGGGUAAGCUCCAGACUCCUAUCCACCAAGUUAGGGACGUGCGCAAAUUGGUGAAAAGCUCAUAUCACUUUGUUUCUUUGGAUAAUAACGAGAGCAAGUCUGCUGUCGCGGGUCUUGACCUUAACACAGAGCAAAAGACAUUCAAACAGAGUCCAUAUCGCAAUCCGGCAUCACUUUCCCCCAUAGUUAUAAAAUGUCAGUCAGUGAAUACAAAUAGCAGUGUUAGGCAAUCUGGAAAUUUAAUCGAGGUUUCUAAACGUAGACUUGGAGAAGAUAUACAGGAGUUAGACAGGUCCUCUCCUCAAUUACCGAUAGAGGGCGCCAGAAACGGCACGACACUUGUGCAGAGACCCACGAGCAGAGCUUACUCCGUCAACACAAAACAAGCAAGAGGCGAGCCGUCUGACGGAACCGGCGGCCUGAACAUUGAGACCAGAACCGGGAUGAGGAGACAGGAGAAAGCCAGCGAGGCUGGGGAGAAGAAGCCAGAGAACAAGAUGGCCAACCAAGCCGCUCUGGAGAAGCUGCAGGCCGCCGUGAAGACCAUGGAGCAGCUGUACGUGUUCGACCGCAACGAGUGGAAGAGACGGGCCGAGCCGCUGUCCCAGCCCCUCAUGGACAGCCACGUGCUGUCACUCAUCACCAGCGAGGAGCAGGGCCCCGCCCCCGCCACCGAGGAUGCUGGGAGUGCCGCCGUGCUCGCCGCCAUGGCAACAGCAGGCAGCAAUGCAGACAAGCCGGCGCCGAGGGACUCGUACUCCAACGUGGACAAAAGCCCCGCCCCCGCUGCGUCCGCCUUCUCUCCGUUCCUGGCCGAGAGGAACGGGCACCUGACGCCCGGCCAGAGGGCCGUUCCCACGGUCACCACGUCCAGCGCGGUGCGUGCCCCUCAGACGCCCUCCUCCAUGCCGCCGGCCGCCCACACGCCCAAGGGCUUCGUGCCCAUCUCGGCCAAGCUGCCCGUCUCGCUGAAGAUCUCGCAGGCGCGCCGGGCGUCCGAGGAGCGCAGCAGCGACGCCGACCGGUCCCUGGGGGGCACCCAGAGCUCCACGGGCGAGUCCGAGAACUACCUGACCAUCCCCGUCAAGCCGCAGGCCAGACCCGGCGUGGCGGUUGCCGCGAGCAACAGCAUCGGCAGCAGCGGCGGCCGGGAGAAGUCCGUCUACACGUUCACCUCCUCGUCCGCCGCACCGUCCGGCGGCGCCAAGCCACAGCGGCACGCGUCCAGCCCCCCAGCCCACCUGCCGCACGGGGCCUCUCGCCGGCACGCCCAGGGGUCUCGCCAGUCUCCGCGCCGCACCGCUGUCGUCAUGGAGACGCGCUCGCCGGACACGCCGCCCACCGCCACCAUCUACCACCACUCGGUCCCCAUGGCGACGGCUCAGCCGCAGGUCAUCUGCUUCUCCCCCUCCGUCCAGCACGCGCCGGUCGGCAUGGCGACGGUGGAGGCCUUCGGGGGACACACGCAGCGCAAGAUGCUGCUGGACCCCACCACGGGCAGCUACUACCUGGUGGACACGCCGGUGGCAUCGGCCGCCACGCGGCGCCUGUUCGACCCCGAGACGGGUCAGUACGUGGACGUUCCGCUGCCCCCAGCGGCUCCUCCUCCUCCUCCGCAGGUCAUGACCCCCGUGCCCUUACCCAUGUCCCGGCUCAGCCCCAAGCCCGGCACGGGCUGGCAGCUGCCCUACGUCUUCUACCCCGGGUUCAUGCCCUCGCCCACGCUCAUCUCGGCGCGCAUGCCCUCCCAGAUGUCCGUGCAGGGCGGCGAGGUCGGGCUGGACGAGCGCAGGAUCUACAUGGAGAGCCCCUACUACGUGCCCACGGGGGCGCGGGCAGGGUACGGGCAGCAGCAGGGGCAGCAGCAGGGGGCAGGAGGGGGGGGCAAGCAGCCGGUCAUCAGCAUCAUGUCUCAGCAGGGCCCCCGCAUCAUCGCACCCCCCUCCUUUGACGGCACCACCAUGAGCUUUGUGGUGGAGCACCGGUGAACCGCUGACCGGAGAACCCUUGUCAGCCCACCCCCC